AUGGCAACACAGAGCAACAAAGACGCUUUCAUGGGUGGAUUAAUGAAUCUCUUUAAAGAACAAUGGCAAGCCGAUGUACUCCUCAAGGCAGGAGACAGUGAUGAUGGUGCUGCUAUCCCCGCCCACAAACUUGUUCUGGCAGGAAGAUCAGAGGUGUUUAAGGAUAUGGUGGAACAAGGCGAGUUCAAGGCUUCAUCUAAGCUAGAGACAAUCACUCUCUCCGAGAUGAAACACGGAGAAGUUGAGGCUUUAGUUGAGUUCAUGUACAGCGUUGAUGGCUCCAUUUCUUGUCGAAGUCUAGGCAAACAUGGUCGGUCACUCUAUCUUGCAGCCGACAAAUAUAAAAUCUUGCAUCUACGUGACCUAUGCAGACACCAUCUGAUACAGUCUCUUGACUCGUCGAAUGCUCUGAGUAUCAUUGAGCUUGCCCAAAUCCCUUUUGACAAAGACCUUCACGAUGCGGCCUUCGCUGCUAUAAACAACAAUUUAAGGCCGAUUGCUAGCUCUGAUGAGUUCAAGUUGUUUGUGGAAAAAUACCCAAAUCUGACUGUGGAGAUAAUGAAGGCUUCUCUUACUUGGGAGGCUAGCCCAAAUCAUAUUCAUCUGGGUGGUAACCGAUACUGUGGUCACUGUGGUUCCUACUGUCGUUUCUGUGGCUACCCCAACGACUAG